ACAAACCCGACGACACUCAAAAGCCAAACAAGGUGCAGCCCCAGCUCUAGUGCUCUAGUGAGUAGUGCAAAGAUCGAGCGAGCGGAGAGACUCGAUCGUUAUGGCGCUGUCCACCCCGACCGCCGUGGUGCUGGAGCUGAUGACGAUGGGGCAGCAGUCCGCGUUGCACCUCGGGGAGCUGCUCAUGGCGGCAUCGCCGCCCAAGGAGGCAGAGCGCGGCCAGGCGCUCACCGCGGAGAUCCUCCGCUGCUGCGACCGUGUCAUCGCAGCGAUCAGAGGGGACGCCGCCGGCAGGAAGAGGAAGGCGACCAUGGAGCACGGCGUUCUGAUGCCGUCCAAAAGAAGGGCGCGUGGUGCGGAGGCGAGUCGGGAGGUCCGGAGCGGGACGACGGCGGAUGGGUUCCUGUGGAGGAAGUACGGGCAGAAGGACAUCAACGGAAGCACCCAUCCGAGGUUCUACUACCGCUGCGCGUACAGCGCCGAGGGCUGCGGCGCGACUCGCCGGGUUCAGCAGUCGCAGGAGGACCCCGCGGCGUUCGUCAUCGCCUACUACGGCGACCACACGUGCGGAAGUGGCGCCGGCGAUGCGUGUCAGCGGGGAGUACCGCCGCUGCCUCCUGCCGUCAUCGACUCAAACGCUUGCGCAAUGGUCGGUUUCUUUGACCAAUAUCAGAACGUGGAAUCUCCUCAGCCGUUGCUCGCCGCCGAGCAGAGUUGGCGCCAUCACGGCGAGGCUCCCGGUCAGACGUCGCGGGGACGGUGGUCAUCGUCUUCCUCCUCCUCCUCCUCCUCUUGGUCGGAAGCUGAACGUGGCACUUCUCCUGUAUUGGAGUUUCUGGAAGGCAGUCUAGGAGUCGGAUGGGAAUCCGUCGUCAACUACCUUGGCUUCACUGAUCUCCCACAAACUGCUAUGCUGCAGUAGGAGCGUAGCAGCUGCCUUUGCGUGCGCUACAUCUUGUUCUCCUGCACUGUUUAGUCGACUGAUCUGGCAAUGUGUAGUAGUCCAACCCGUAAUUACAGUUCUAGGCGGUUGACGGAGUAGUCCAACCCGUAGUGCACGUCUAAUUUUAACAUAUGAAUACGUAGUUCUUGGUUUUGGGGAUAUUCGUACUCUCGUGUGCUCACACCUCCUAGCUUUUGAGAUUUUAGCAUUAUAAUUUAUAACGCUCUGCUGGUAAUUAAGAA